CACGUUAUGUCAGACACGUGGUAGUCGCGUCCCUGUAUUGAUUGCACGCGCGAUGAUAUCGCGCUGCUCCUAAAAUUUUUAAAUGAUCGAAAUGAUGUUGAUAUGCAAUCGAAAAAAUAUCUCCAGUUGACAUUGGCAAUACUCAAGCCACACAUCGUUAAAUCUCCCUUCGCUCUUCAGAAACUUGUCUUGAGUUUUCAGAAGAUUCGUGAUAUAAUAAUCGACAAUAACUUCAAAGUUGUUAAAUCACGUAGAACGACGAUAUCUCGCGAGGAGGUCGAGUUAUUUUACAGGGAGCACAAAGACAAGUUCUUCUACAAUCGCUUGAUGACUUUCAUGUGCAGUGGUCCGUCUGAUAUUUACAUUCUGGCAGAACACGACGCUGUUGUUAAGUGGCGACAGUUAAUGGGCCCUACUAAAGUUUAUCAAGCACAAUACAAUGCGCCAGAUACCAUUAGAGGAAUGUUUGGUUUAUCGGAUACUAGGAAUGCUGCACAUGGAUCUGAUUCGACAGAAUCUGCAGAAAGAGAGAUAGCAAUAUUCUUUAAAGAGUUCAAUAUAAAGAAGUGGUACAACAAUGAAGAGAUAUUUUAUAACUUAGGAAGACUGCAUUUUGAUCCAAUAUCUUUUGUGCAUACCAUUGACAAAAAUUUUGUAGAAAUGCGAAAUAAGCCGGUUAAAAAAUAAUGACAUAUAGCUUCACUA